UGCUAGCUGAUUCAUCACACUCAACCGCGACGCAUCUGAUAAGAAUCCGACGUUGAAAUAGACCGUUUACAGCGAAAAUUCCACCCCCACCCUAUUUCAACCGAAGAAGACAUCGUAAUCAAGGUGGCACCGGUGGAAAAAUUAGGCUCUAGUAGCCACCAAACCAGCGAGAUGCUCGUGCCGCCUGAUAUGUUGGCCGCCCAGUCCAAGAUGGUGUACCAAUUGAACAAAUACUACACAGAAAAAGUGCAAACCAGAAAGCUGACAACGUCUAAAACGAUACAAGAAGUGUGCCGGGUUGUUCAGGACGUGCUAAAAGAAGUCGAGGUCCAGGAACCAAGGUUUAUAUCAUCCUUAACGGAUUAUAAUGGACGAUUCGAUGGUUUGGAAGUGAUUUCCCCGCAGGAGUUCGAGGUGGUGAUAUAUCUGAACCAAAUGGGAGUGCUGAACUUCGUGGACGACGGAACUCUACCCGGUUGUGCUGUGUUGAAACUUAGCGACGGAAGAAAGAGGUCUAUGUCUUUAUGGGUAGAGUUUAUCACAGCUUCCGGUUAUCUAUCAGCGAGGAAGAUGCGGUCCCGGUUCCAAACUUUAGUAGCUCAAGCCUGUGACAAAUGUUCGUAUAGAGACAGUGUUAAAAUGAUCGCAGAUACUACAGAAGUGAAGUUAAGAAUACGUGAAAGGUAUAUAGUACAAAUAACUCCAGCGUUUAAGUGUGCGGGAUUGUGGCCUAGAAGUGCUGCUCAUUGGCCUUUACCUCAAAUACCCUGGCCGCACCCCAACAUCGUCGUAGAAGUAAAAACUGAAGGUUUUGAUCUACUUUCAAAGGAAUGUAUAGCGUUGCAAGGUAAACAAUCAGCAAUGGAGGGUGAUGCCUGGGUACUAUCUUUCUUCGAAGCAGAAAAUCGUCUUCUACAAGGAGGCUGCCGCAAAAGAUGUCUAAGUAUCCUCAAAACUCUCAGGGAUCGACACCUAGAUCUACCAGGAAACCCAGUAACCGGUUACCACAUGAAAACUUUGUUACUUUAUGAAUGUGAAAAACAUCCCAGGGAAUCAGAAUGGGACGAAUCCUGCAUAGCUGAUAGGAUCAACGGGAUUUUCCUCCAACUAAUCUCCUGUUUACAGUGCAAGAGGUGUCCUCACUAUUUUCUCCCUAACUUAGAUCUGUUCAAAGGAAAAUCACCAAGUGCUUUAGAAAACGCUUCAAAACAAGUGUGGCGAUUGACAAGAGAAAUGUUGACAAACUCGAGGUGUUUUGAAAAGUUGUAGUGGCUUUACUGUAAGUAUUUUUUAAAUAAAAUUUCAAUCUUAAAUUUAUAAUAUACUUAUAUCAACUGCCGAUUUAAAUUUAUCUUAACCAAUUUUUCAAGUUCUAAAUUUCAGUCAAAUAAAUUCAAAGAUAUAUGACAAGGAAGACACAAAAACAAAGAAUAAAAUAAUUACAAUUCAUCAAAAAAUUACAUAAAAUUUAUCAAAAAGAAAUCAAUUUAAUUAAAAUAAUAUUUGUUUGUAAUAAUAUUAAGUUUUUCUAUGAAUUAUUUUAAAGACCAGAUGCAGAUACGUCAAAAAUCAUAACAUUAACAUGUCAAAUCAAAUUAACUCAAAAAAAUUGACAUCCAAAUUCAAAUUUUUGGAGUUUGAAUCAAAAACUAUUCAUUUUUAUGUCAAAUUUUUGCCAUUGUGGUGUUCAAAUCAAAUUAACUCCAAAUAAAUUAAAAUCCAAUAAAAUUGACACACCAAUUCAAAUUUUUAAAUCUAAAAUUCAAAGUUUGAAUCCAAAAUUCAAAAAAUAUUUAUUUUUGAUGUCGAAUUUUUGUUAUUGUGAUAGGUAUUGUUCACCGAAAAGCUGUCAAUGCCUACAUAAAUCCAAAAAGAUCUAGAAACUGACAAUAAACAACAAAAUAAGUGAAAAUGAUUGACGAAAAAUGUUAUUAACUACUAAAAACAAAAUUUUUACUUAUAGAAGAUAGAUCAUUUAGACUUUAGACCACAAGUCAAAAACUUUUUCGAUUCAGUUUCCGUCGGUUAAAAACUAAUUGUAAGCUUUAUAGAAUGUUUCGAGCUAUUGCUUGGUACAGUCGAACCCGUUUAUUGUAAUAGCCUCCGUGCCAAUCAAAAGUAUUCCUAUAACCGGGAUAUUCUAAUAACCGAUCAUUAGUGGCUAGUAGAAACGUUUCGAGACCUCAAAUUUCUAUUCCGUAAAGCGGGUUCGACUGUAAUACAUUAACGAAAAAUCAACCGACGAUGAAAUAAAGCAACAUACUAUUCUAUCACCAAUACAAAAAUAUCGAUUCAAAUUCCCAAAAAUGUUGAAAAACUGAAGUUAUAUAAGUCCAAAGCUAGAUACUACAUACUGGUCAUGUAGAUAUAAAUGUAACUUAUUUUUCCUUGUCAAAUAUCAGCAAGUAUACUUUAAUUUUAACGUAAAUUUAAGAUUGGGAUAUCUAUUGUACAUAUUUCGCAAAAAAAUCGAUUUUUAAUCGAUUGUUUUAGUUUGAUUUUGUUUUUAAAAAAUUUUAACAUCGAAAAUGUCUCAUUUUCGAUUCUAGACUGUGAUGUUAUACAUAAGUUAGGUAUAUAUUGUGUAUUUAUUUUGUAAUUUGUACAGAUUAUGCACUAAAGUUGGGUUUCACGAUGCACUGUAAUGUUUUCUUUUUGUACCGAUCUGUGAACAGAUUAAAAUGAAAGCACAUUGUCGAUUUUAGUAUGGUAUUUUUGUAAAAAAUCAAUAAAGUUGUUUAUACUUAUAA